AUGAAUUCGAUCCCCAAAGAUUCUCAAAAGCUGGAUAGCCAGUCCGUUUGGCUGGGACCAUCCGGGAAUGAUUUCUACACUUGGGCAGGUGAAAAGCAUUACAACGGCCCACUCCCGGACAAGGAAAUAUGGCGCUUCACGGCCAACGGCAGCGGUGGUGGCAAGUGGGCAAAGUCGCCGCCUUCCAACCUCGAUACGUUUCAAGACCUAGUAAGGCCAACAGAUGGAACUUUCACACAGAGCAACGAUACUGGAUACUAUUUUGGAGGGAUCGUAAGGAGACGGAGCGACUACUACAUCUCAGAUUGGAAUGUAUCCAUUCCCACCCCAGGACUCGUGUCUUACAACAUGACAUCCGGAGAAAUCAAGAACACGACGAGUGAAUUUGGCCAAUACGGGACUUUCAAGGAAGGGUCUUCGCAGUUUUUGCCCUUCGGAGACGCUGGUGUUCUUCUCUUUCUCGGCGGUAAAGAGGCGCCUGUAACGUCUAGAGAGGACGAUUGGAAGGAGAUCGACUUCAACCAGGUCACUCUCUUCGAUAUCAAAGGCCAAAAGUGGUACACCCAAGAUACCACUGGACCUAUGCCGGCAGCGAGGAGGCGCUUCUGUACAACAGGCGUCUUGGGACCAAAUAAUACAUUUGAGGUCUUCAUCUACGGAGGUUGGGGUAGUAAACAGGGUGUUUUAAGCGACGUUUACGUUCUCAGCGUUCCUGGCUUUAGGUUCUUCAAAGCCAGUGGUGAUUCCACCCCGCGGUUUGAUCAAGCCUGUGUUGUGGUCGGACGUAGACAGAUGCUAUCUAUUGGCGGUAUUCGUAGUACCAAUGCCAUCCAGGGAUGGACUGAACCGGAUCCCUGGCCUUAUGGUCUGGGUGUGUUCGACAUGACAGAGAUGAUUUGGAAGGAUGGGUAUAGCGCUGAUGAUGCGGCGUACGAAUCCCCAGAGAUAGUAAAGCAAUGGUAUAAGGAAGGGGGGCAGAAUAGUGUCUCCUGGGCAAAUGAGGAAGUGAAGCUUCUUUUCUUAAAGUCCAUUAUCAUCGGACAGUACGUCUACAUAGACGGAGGUGAAGUUUCACAAUACGAAGGCGAAUACAACGAAACUUACAGCUACCCAUCAUGGCCAGUCAACUCGACCAUCUCCAUCGGCCUCAGUGAGCAUUGGGACACCUCAAACGUCACGAUGAAAACAACCCCGAAAGACCCGUCAAAUGUGUUGAACGGGCAAGCCAUCUGGAAAGAUCCUGCAUCGAACGCCUUCUACACUUGGGGCGGCUGGAAAACUUCGAUGCCUCCCGAUAAGAAGAUGAUGCGAUUCAGUGCCGACGACAACGGGGGAGGCACCUGGACAGAGGUGACUACUCCCAACCUCCAAACUAUCGAUCGAACGAGAGAGGGAACGUUUUCCCAGAGCAAGAAUGUCGGUUACUACUUUGGUGGCUUCACUAGCAAGGAAACGGACUCCAACUUCGUCGGUACCCAAAAUGUCCAGGGCCGCCCUGCCCCUGGGCUCGUGUCUUUUCACAUGCAGUCCCGCGACAUGCGAAAUAUUUCAUCCAGCAGGUUCGGAAAGCACGGGACAUUUAAGGGUGGUUCCUCGCAAUUUGUGCCGUUUGGCCCCGAAGGUUUACUUGUAGUCCUUGGCGGAUGGGAGGCAUCUGUGUCAGUAACUCGCUUCGAAAACUGGGAUGCGAUGGCAUUCGACAAAAUCUCGGUCUAUGACCCCCGAGGCGAUCAGUGGUAUUACCAGCAAACCACGGGCGACAACCCGUUUCCCAAAGAGAAGUUUUGCAUUACGGGUGCUCCUGGCCCCAACAACACCUACGAAAUCUUCAUCUACGGAGGUCGGGAGACAAAAACCGUUGCUACCUCGAACGAGGUCCAUGUCCUUAGCCUUCCUGGGUUCAAUUUCUUCAAGGCAGACAACAAACUUUCGACGCAACGCGCAGAUCACGCAUGUACGGUAAUUGGUGGACGACAAAUGCUCUCUGUUGGCGGUUUACUUCCUGAAAUACCUAUCGGCAAGAGAUUCUCAAAACCGGAUCCAUGGCCCUUGGGUCUCGGCAUCUUUGACAUGACAGAACUGCGCUGGACAAACCGUUACGAUCCGAAUGCGGGAGGUUAUGACUCUCCCAAGGUGGUUAAAGAUUGGUACAGCCAGGGUAACGUGGCCAAGUGGGCAUCUCCGGAGCUUAAGGCGCUCUUUGCUCAAUGGUCCCCGAACGCUACAGUGGAUGGUGCAAGCGAAGUAGGAUUGCCUGGUGAUACGGAAUCCCAGUCAUCAGAAUCUCAGCCAUCAGGCCCUAACAUCGGUGCUAUUGUGGGUGGUGCCGUUGGAGGAGUCGCAGCACUGGUUCUCGUUGCUGGUCUGGCGUUGUUCUUCAUGAGACGGAGGAAGCGGCAGGUAGUGGCAGCGCCAGACUCUUCCCCAGCGCCCAAGUUUGGCUCAGUCGGCACCGCGCAUACUACCCCGGCCUUGACUGAAAUACACGAAGCGCAGUCUUACAAUCUCAGCGAGCUGUCAGCGAACUAUGGGGUGCCUCCUGGCUCACAUGGGCCACAGUCCAGGCACGAGAUGGCGGCAUGA